AUGCAAUCCACCUUCAGCACCCAGCGAGCUUGGCUAUGUGCCCUGCCCCUCUCUUUGGCUACACAUCGAUGGCUGCAGGCACCUCCGAGGAAGACGGUGAUGAACGGGAACCCCAAGGCCCCGGGCUGUUGUGAGAUGCUAAACAAGCUGAAGGCCCAAGUGGCCGAUCUCUCCUCCUUGACAGGAGAGAUGAGCAAGAAGCGAGACGAUGCCCUGGGAAACGCCAUCGUGCAGGCGCUGGCGCUGGAAGGGAGCAUCCAGCUGAUGGAGGCACGCCUCGGUGAUGCUGAAGGGAAAUAUUCGGAGAUCAACCACCAGCUCGGCAUUGUGCAGCUUCAGGCAGCUCAGGCGGCCACACAAACAUCCGCAGACGCCGCGUACGAUUGUUCAUCCCUUUACCAGAGGAAUUACAGAUCUUCUGGAAUCUACAGACUUCCCCCUGACGAAUUUCUGGGAACUCCAGAACUGCAGGUAUACUGUGACAUGGAGACCGACGGGGAAGGUUGGACUGUCAUCCAGAGGUACAAAAUCGGCUUGAUCUCUUUCGGUCAAAAUUGGAAGCAGUACAAGGAAGGGUUUGGAAGCCUCCAGGGAGAUUUUUGGCUGGGAAAUGAACGCAUCCAUCAGCUGCGUGCGGAGCUGGAGGACUGGCAUGGCAAUGCCCGUUUUGCUCAAUACAACCGAUUUGUGCUGGGCAAUGAGUUGAACAGCUACCACCUAUUCCUGGCCAACUUCAGUGGCAACGUGCCAUGCAACUCCAUGUGGUACCACAACACCACCGCCUUCAGCACCAAGGACAAGUGUGUAGAUCACUGCGUGCAGUUAUGCAAAGGUUGCUAAUGGUACAACCACUGCACAGAUUCCAGCCUGAAUGGGGUUUACUAUUGCAAGGAUGAACUUAACAAGAGCACCGAUGGCAUCACCUGGUAUGGAUGGCAUGGCACAACCUCUUCCCUGCAGGGGGUCGAGAUGAAGAUUCGGCCAGCAGACUUCAACGCCCAGAGGGACCCCGAUAGAGCUGAGUAA